AUGUCUGGCGGAGACUACACGAUCCGGGAGCCGGAGGACUGCCUGUGGGGUCUUGAGGCCAGCGGCGGCAACUGGACAGGCAUCGUAGGGACUCUUCAGUAUGAAAAGGCCGACUUCUCCAUGGACCUCACCCUGACGCCCCAGAGAGCAGCGAUAGUGGAGUACGGGAGGGUGUACAUCGGGGAAGAAAUGGCCAUCUUGUCCCUGAAGCCAAGGCCACUACCCGAGUACUUAGCUUUGUUCAGGCCCUUAGAAGGCACUGUCUGGGUCUCCAUGGUGGCCGGCGUCAUGGUGUGGAGCCUAACACUCUGGGCCUUGCUCAGGAUCAUACAAACUGGCGCGGAGAAGCACCCGAUGAAGCUCACGCGGGCACUUUUCUACGGCUGGGGGCUGCUGCUCGAGGACACGCCCUAUGACCCGCCCGACAGCGUCACAGGACAGAUGUAUUUUUUAACACUGAUGCUCGGAGUGUGGCUCCUCGUGUGUCUGGUGCUGAGGACCUCGUACACCUCCUCGCUGACCUCCCACCUCGUGGUGCAAGGCGAGUCUUCCGCUAUAAAUGACAUGGAGACGCUGGUCAGACUACACGGGGAAGAAGGACGGCAGUGGGGCACGCAAAUUUUCUCUGGAGCAUUCAACAUUUUCCUGAGUAGCGGCUCAAACCCAGUCUACCACACCAUGAAGACACACAUGCAGUUAUGUCAUAUUUCUACUUGCCAGAGUGUGCCGAACGACGAAGCCCUCCAAAAGGUUCUUGGUGACGGCUUUUCGUUUUUCCGUAACUAUUACAUUAUGAGGAUCUUGGUGGAGACCUUCUAUGCCAGGCAAGCUGCAAGCGUCAAGCCUUUCCACAUCGGAACGACGAAGUAUCCACUCUUUGUUGGCAACGCUUGGUCCUUCAGACGCGGCGCCCCCUACAAGGUCCGCCUCGACGCCGCCGUUCAACGCUUGCUGGACGCCGGGCUGGUCGCCUUCUGGAUGAACGACGUCAUCACGCAACACCUGCGGGAGAUACGCCGAGAAAGCCACGCGGACGCCAGCACGGCCAUGGCGACCUCCACCCCGGCAACCUUCUACAUCCUGUGCCUCGGCUACGCGGCGGCGGCGUGCUCCUUCCUCGUGGAGCAAGUGCCGCUCCGCUAG